AUGGCUGUUGGGAGUAAGGAGGAGCCCAUGGCUCCCGUCCAUCUCUUUUCCCAUGGAUCAACCAUGAUGUUGGGCGAGGAGCACGCGUCGGCAGACUACUGGGAGAAAUGCGGAAAUGCAGCAUUGGAGAAUGGUAUAGAGCACGUAGUCAUGAUGGGCGCACACUGGGCAACAUCGCUACCGGGAGUUCUCAUCUCAUCCAACCCGAACCCAGAAAAGUCACCCGUGGCAUACGUCCACCCAUCAAAGUACAAGAACUAUGCCCUGAACCCAGAUUUGGCCUUUGUGCCGACCAUACAGGAAUACCUCGCCGCAGCCGGUAUCCCGUCCGAGGCCGACCCCAAGUUUGACUGGAUCCACGACACCUAUCUCGUUCUCAUCCGCAUGUUCCCGCGGGGCUGCCCGCCGACGACGCUCAUUAGCAUGAACCAAAAGUACGACCCGCACUUUCACAUGGCCGUGGGCGCAGCGCUGCGACCGCUGCGCGCAAAACAGCACAAGACGCUCUUCAUCGGCUCGGGCGGAUCAGUGCACAACCUAUACCGCAACGUCUGGGGCCCCAUGCUGCGCUACCGCGACAACUUUGCCCAGCCGACGCCGCCGGAGCCGUGGGCUGUCGAUUUCCGCCAGGAAGUCAUCUCGGCGCUUUGUCCCGGCCACGAAGAGGUCUUGCCGGCGCACGAGGCCGCCUGCAACCGUGCUGUCCGCAGCACCAAGGGCGCGGGAGGUCCGUUGCUGCGGAGGCGGGCUACUAGUCUCAUGAAGCACCCUCAGUACCGCGAUGCCCACGCUACCGAUGACCACUUCAUGGCCACUAUGUUUGUCGCGGGACUUUGCGGUGGUCGCGGAGAUGAGAACAUUCCUGGAGAGAUGGGUGCCGAGGACUGGGAGCUUACGAAUAUGUGUAAUUCGCAGUUUACUCUGGGCUCUUGGCCCGAGAUCAAGGCGUAA